UUUUUUUGUUUUUUAAAAUAAAUGUUAGAACCCUGAUUUUUCCAUUUCCUGUCUCCAAUCUCGCUCGCUCGGUCAGUCCUCUUCUCGAUCGCAUUAGCUGCCAGCCCUCCCUUCACCGUCUCACUCGCACCUCUCUCCUUGAAGAAUGAGGCCAACCGAUUUGCUUAGGGUUCUGAACAAGCAGUUUCUUGGAAUCGCCGGUGACACUGCAAAUCCUGUUGCUAAGAAGCUGGCGUCGUCGGCUCCUGUUGUGUCGCGCAAACCAGCGUUUAUAGAUGCAUUCCUACAUAAGAUGAAAAAGAAUCCAGAACUUUUGAAGAACAAAACCAUUUGGUCGCGGAGAUCCACUAUCUUGCCAGAAUUUGUUGAUUCCCAGGUCAAAAUUUACAAUGGGAAAACCACUAUUCGCUGUAAGAUCACUGAAGGAAAAGUGGGUCAUAAGUUUGGUGAAUUCGCUCUCACCAGGAAACGCAAAUCCAAAGACCAACCUAAUGCAAAAGUUAAACAACUCAAGAAAAAGAAGUGAUAUUUUUUUUUUUUUUUUUUUUAGGAAAUUGAUUUUAUGAAUAGUUUAUAUUCUGCAGUUGGUUACAUCUACGUGGAUAAACAGCAUAGCUUAUUUACAUCUGAAGUGUUUAACUUGAGUAUUGACAACAAGGGUUUCAUGAAAUUUGACAAUGGUUGCUGUUGCAUCCAUUAGGUUCAUUGCCUA